AGCGCCAGCGAGUGGCUGCCGGGGGACGUGCCGGCGGCGGGAGCCGGGUCCCAGCGCUCGGCCGGGCGCCCGGGGCUGGGAGCUGCGGCCGAGGCUGGGCGCGCCGGGCGCCGGGCGGAGAAGUUGGGGCUAGGCGGGCAGCGGGGGUCCCGGGAGCUGCAGCCGCUACGGGGCCCAGGGGCGCCGCAUCUCGUUCCCUGCCGCAGCGGUCUGGCCGGGCGAUGGUGGUUUCGCCUCCGCGGUUCCCGGAAGCUUCUCGGGUGGAAGAAGGAUCCGGCCAGCCUCCCAAACUUCCACCGAAGGUUGACACCAGCGCCCCGGCCCCAUGCUCCAGGCCGUGGGGGGAACCCGAGGCGUGGCGGCAAAUGCGUAGAGUCACUCAACACGCACUCGGCCUCUUUGGAGGUUUCAGAACAAGCUUCCUGGAACCCAUGACCCAUGAAGUCUUGUCAACAUUUAUACCAUCUGAGGGUAGCAGCUUGAAAGUAGAAGAAGUAGAGUGUUGCCAGGGACGGCAGUAUCUCUUUGUGUGACCCUGGCAGCUUAUGGGACGUUGGCUUCAGACCUUUGUGAUACACCAUGCUGCGUGGGACGAUGACGGCGUGGAGAGGAAUGAGGCCUGAGGUCACACUGGCUUGCCUCCUCCUAGCCACAGCAGGCUGCUUUGCUGACUUGAACGAGGUCCCUCAGGUCACCGUCCAGCCCGCGUCCACCGUCCAGAAGCCCGGAGGCACUGUGAUCUUGGGCUGCGUGGUGGAACCUCCAAGGAUGAAUGUAACCUGGCGCCUGAAUGGAAAGGAGCUGAAUGGCUCGGAUGAUGCUCUGGGUGUCCUCAUCACCCACGGGACCCUCGUCAUCACUGCCCUUAACAACCACACUGUGGGACGGUACCAGUGUGUGGCCCGGAUGCCUGCGGGGGCUGUGGCCAGCGUGCCAGCCACUGUGACACUAGCCAAUCUCCAGGACUUCAAGUUAGAUGUGCAGCACGUGAUUGAAGUGGAUGAGGGAAACACAGCAGUCAUUGCCUGCCACCUGCCUGAGAGCCACCCCAAAGCCCAGGUCCGGUACAGCGUCAAACAAGAGUGGCUGGAGGCCUCCAGAGGUAACUACCUGAUCAUGCCCUCAGGGAACCUCCAGAUUGUGAAUGCCAGCCAGGAGGACGAGGGCAUGUACAAGUGUGCAGCCUACAACCCAGUGACCCAGGAAGUGAAAACCUCCGGCUCCAGCGACAGGCUACGUGUGCGCCGCUCCACCGCUGAGGCUGCCCGCAUCAUCUACCCACCAGAGGCCCAAACCAUCAUCGUCACCAAAGGCCAGAGUCUCAUUCUGGAGUGUGUGGCCAGUGGAAUCCCACCCCCACGGGUCACCUGGGCCAAGGAUGGGUCCAGUGUCACCGGCUACAACAAGACACGCUUCCUGCUGAGCAACCUCCUCAUCGACACCACCAGCGAGGAGGACUCAGGCACCUACCACUGCAUGGCUGACAAUGGGGUUGGGCAGCCCGGGGCAGCGGUCAUCCUCUACAAUGUCCAGGUGUUCGAACCCCCUGAGGUCACCAUGGAGCUGUCCCAGCUGGUCAUCCCCUGGGGCCAGAGUGCCAAGCUUACCUGUGAGGUGCGUGGGAACCCCCCGCCCUCCGUGCUGUGGCUGAGGAAUGCCGUGCCCCUCAUCUCCAGCCAGCGCCUCCGGCUCUCCCGCAGGGCCCUGCGCGUGCUCAGCAUGGGGCCUGAGGACGAAGGCGUCUACCAGUGCAUGGCCGAGAACGAGGUCGGGAGCGCCCAUGCCGUAGUCCAGCUGCGGACCUCCAGGCCAAGCAUAACCCCGAGGCUAUGGCAGGCUGCUGAGCUGGCUACUGGCACACCACCUGUAUCACCCUCCAAACUCGGCAACCCUGAGCAGAUGCUGAGGGGGCAACCGGCGCUCCCUAGACCCCCAACGUCAGUGUGGCCUGCUUCCCCGCAGUGUCCAGGAGAGAAGGGGCAGGGGGCUCCUGCCGAGGCUCCCAUCAUCCUCAGCUCGCCCCGCACCUCCAAGACAGACUCAUAUGAACUGGUGUGGCGGCCUCGGCAUGAGGGCAGUGGCCGGACGCCAAUCCUCUACUAUGUGGUGAAACACCGCAAGCAGGUCACAAACUCCUCUGACGAUUGGACCAUCUCUGGCAUUCCAGCCAACCAGCACCGCCUGACCCUCACCAGACUUGACCCCGGGAGCUUGUAUGAAGUGGAGAUGGCAGCUUACAACUGUGCGGGAGAGGGCCAGACAGCCAUGGUCACCUUCCGAACUGGACGGCGGCCCAAACCCGAGAUCAUGGUCAGCAAGGAGCAGCAGAUCCAGAGAGACGACCCUGGAGCCAGUCCCCAGAGCAGCAGCCAGCCAGACCACGGCCGCCUCUCCCCCCCAGAAGCUCCCGACAGGCCCACCAUCUCCACGGCCUCCGAGACCUCAGUGUACGUGACCUGGAUUCCCCGUGGGAAUGGUGGGUUCCCAAUCCAGUCCUUCCGUGUGGAGUACAAGAAGCUAAAGAAAGUGGGAGACUGGAUUCUGGCCACCAGCGCCAUCCCCCCAUCGCGGCUGUCCGUGGAGAUCACAGGCCUAGAGAAAGGCACCUCCUACAAGUUUCGAGUCCGGGCUCUGAACAUGCUGGGGGAGAGCGAGCCCAGCGCCCCCUCUCGGCCCUACGUGGUGUCGGGCUACAGCGGUCGCGUGUACGAGAGGCCCGUGGCAGGUCCUUAUAUCACCUUCACGGAUGCGGUCAAUGAGACCACCAUCAUGCUCAAGUGGAUGUACAUCCCAGCAAGUAACAACAACACCCCAAUCCAUGGCUUUUAUAUCUAUUAUCGACCCACAGACAGUGACAAUGAUAGUGACUACAAGAAGGAUAUGGUGGAAGGGGACAAGUACUGGCACUCCAUCAGCCACCUGCAGCCAGAGACCUCCUACGACAUUAAGAUGCAGUGCUUCAAUGAAGGAGGGGAGAGCGAGUUCAGCAAUGUGAUGAUCUGUGAGACCAAAGCUCGGAAGUCUUCUGGCCAGCCUGAUCGACUGCCACCCCCAACUCUGGCCCCACCACAGCCACCCCCUCCUGAAACCAUAGAGCGGCCGGUGGGCACUGGGGCCAUGGUGGCUCGCUCCAGCGACCUGCCCUAUCUGAUUGUCGGGGUCGUCCUGGGCUCCAUCGUUCUCAUCAUCGUCACCUUCAUCCCCUUCUGCUUGUGGAGGGCCUGGUCUAAGCAAAAACAUACAACAGACCUGGGUUUUCCUCGAAGUGCCCUUCCACCCUCCUGCCCGUAUACUAUGGUGCCAUUGGGAGGACUCCCAGGCCACCAGGCCAGUGGACAGCCCUACCUCAGUGGCAUCAGUGGACAGGCCUGUGCUAAUGGGAUCCACAUGAAUAGGGGCUGCCCCUCGGCUGCAGUGGGCUACCCGGGCAUGAAGCCACAGCAGCACUGCCCAGGCGAGCUUCAGCAGCAGAGUGACACCAGCAGCCUGCUGAGGCAGACCCAUCUUGGCAAUGGAUAUGACCCCCAAAGUCACCAGAUCAUGAGGGGUCCCAAGUCUAGCCCGGACGAGGGCUCUUUCUUAUACACACUGCCCGACGACUCCACUCACCAGCUGCUGCAGCCCCAUCACGACUGCUGCCAACGCCAGGAGCAGCCUGCUGCUGUGGGCCAGUCAGGGGUGAGGAGAGCCCCCGACAGUCCUGUCCUGGAAGCAGUGUGGGACCCUCCAUUUCACUCAGGGCCCCCAUGCUGCUUGGGCCUUGUGCCAGUUGAAGAGGUGGACAGUCCUGACUCCUGCCAAGUGAGUGGAGGAGACUGGUGUCCCCAGCACCCCGUAGGGGCCUACGUAGGACAGGAACCUGGAAUGCAGCUCUCCCCGGGGCCACUGGUGCGUGUGUCUUUUGAAACACCACCUCUCACAAUUUAGGCAGAAGCCGAUAUCCCAGAAAGACUAUAUAUUGUUUUUUUUUUUUUAAAAAAAGAAGAAAAAAGAGACAGAGAAAAUUGGUAUUUAUUUUUCUAUUAUAGCCAUAUUUAUAUAUUUAUGCACUUGUAAAUAAAUGUAUUAUGUUUUAUAAUUCUGGAGAGACAUAAGGAAUCCUACCCGUUGAGGUUGGAGAGGGAAAAUAAAGAAGCUGCCACCUAACAGGAGUCACCCAGGAAAGCACCGCACAGGCUGGCGCGGGACAGACUCCUAACCUGGGGCCUCUGCAGCGGCAGGCGAGGCUGCAGGAGGCCCACAGAUAAGCUGGCAAGAGGAAGGAUCCCAGGCACAUGGUUCAUCACGAGCAUGAGGGAAAAGCAAGGGGCACGGUAUCACAGCCUGGAGACACCCACACAGAUGGCUGGAUCCGGUGCUACGGGAAACAUUUUCCUAAGAUGCCCAUGAGAACAGACCAAGAUGUGUACAGCACUAUGAGCAUUAAAAAACCUUCCAGAAUCAAUAAUCCGUGGCAACAUAUCUCUGUAAAAACAAACAGUGUGACUUCUAAAUAAAUGUUUAGUCUUCCCUGUAACCUUCAAACUGA